CCAAAAAAUAAAUACCAGGUGCAUCCUUGCUUAAUUAUGCUACCAGCUCAACUCUCCAUUCGACUACGACAGAGUUCACGCCCACUGGUCAGUGCCAUCCUGAGUCGACAGCAACUUGAUCCCCGCAGAACUGGCUUUGCUAUUCGGAGAUAUGCGUCGGAAAAGGAAUCUUCUAACCCACCUAAUGCUCCCAAAGGAUUCGAUAACUUUUUUGGUAAAGACAAAGGAAAGAACUGGCAGAAGAAAGCUGCUGGAGGCGCAAACAAUGCUAAUAAGGGUAGCGGCAAUUCCAAUGGCCCUUCUAAACCACCACCGAUUCCAGACCCCAAAACAAACCUGACCACCAUGGUUCCUGCUCUGUUUGGUACAUGGCUGGUAUGGCGCAUGAUAGCUCCUCAAGAAAACGCUCGUGAAAUGACUUGGCAAGAUUUCCGCAAUGCGUUUCUGGACAAAGGUUUGGUGGAGCGGUUAGAAGUCAUCAAUCGCAAUCGAGUGAGAGUUCAUCUUCGUCCUGAAGCACAGUCCAUCCAAGGCGUAUCACCUUACGUCACUUAUUACUUCAGCAUCGGUUCAAUUGAUGCCUUUGAACGAAAACUGGAUGAAGCUCAGUCGGAGCUCGACAUCCCACCGUCAGAGCGCAUUCCUGUCGCCUACAAAGACGAAGUCAGUGUCGCCAGUUUGGUGCUAAAUGUGGCUCCGACACUCUUGAUGAUCGGGUUUCUCGUUUACAUGACAAGAAGAGCUGGAUCAGCUGGAGGAGGUUCCCAAGGUAUAUUCGGUAUAGGCAAGAGCAAGGCGAAAAUGUUCAAUCAAGAGAGUGAAGUAAGCAUCAAGUUUAAGGACGUAGCUGGUGCAGACGAAGCCAAAGAAGAAAUCAUGGAAUUUGUAAAAUUUCUCAAGAACCCUGUGCAGUAUGAGCGAUUGGGUGCCAAGAUUCCAAAAGGUGCUAUUUUGUCUGGCCCUCCGGGAACUGGAAAGACUUUAUUAGCCAAGGCUACAGCUGGCGAGGCAGGUGUUCCAUUCUUUAGCGUCUCAGGUUCAGAAUUUGUAGAGAUGUUUGUAGGUGUUGGUCCUUCCCGCGUGCGAGACUUAUUUGCAACCGCCAAAAAGCAUGCACCCUGCAUCAUAUUUGUUGACGAAAUUGAUGCCAUUGGAAAAGCCAGAGGAAAAAGUGGACAAUUUGGCGGAAACGAUGAACGCGAAAGCACUUUGAAUCAGCUAUUGGUAGAAAUGGACGGAUUCGAUUCCAACGAACAUGUUGUCGUUUUAGCAGGCACUAAUCGACCCGACGUAUUGGACCCAGCAUUGAUGCGACCUGGACGUUUUGAUCGACAUAUUGCAAUUGAUCGACCGGAUAUUAAGGGACGAGCUCAGAUUUUCCUCGUUCAUCUUCGACCCAUCAAGACUAAGGCAGUACUUCAAACCCUUUCUAACAAAUUGGCAGCGCUAACUCCAGGCUUUUCUGGCGCUGAUAUUCACAACGUUUGCAAUGAAGCAGCGCUUAUCGCGGCAAGACACCAGAAAGAUGAAGUCACCGACGAAGAUUUUGAAAGCGCUAUUGAGAGAGUUAUAGCUGGCCUGGAAAAGAAAUCUCGCGUAUUGUCGCCUGAAGAAAAGAAAAUCGUAGCUUAUCAUGAAGCUGGCCAUGCCAUUGCUGGAUGGUAUCUCGAAUAUGCCGAUCCCCUUCUGAAAGUGUCCAUUAUUCCUCGUGGUGUAGCAGCUCUUGGCUACGCACAGUAUUUACCGAAAGACCAAUAUCUAUAUUCGAUAAAGCAGCUCAUGGAUCGAAUGUGCAUGACUCUUGGUGGGCGAGUUUCUGAGCACCUGUUCUUCGAUACCAUCACAACAGGUGCGCAAGACGAUCUUGCGAAAGUCACUAGGCAAGCAUACGGCCAAGUGGCUACUUAUGGUAUGAAUGAAAAAGUGGGGCCCAUUUCGUAUCAAGACCCCAAUUCAGAAGAGCGACUCAUUGAUGCCGAGGUGCGCAAACUGGUCAAUGAAGCAUUUGAUCGAACUUUCAAGCUUUUGACGGAGAAGAAGGAUGACAUUGAAAAGGUGGCUCAGUUAUUGCUAACAAAAGAGGUGAUCACGCGCGAAGAUAUGGAAAACCUUCUUGGAAAGCGUCCCUUCAAGGAGCGAACUGUGUAUGAUGAAUACGUUCGACCUUCACAGACAAUCACUCCUCCACCAUUUGAAGAAGGACCUAUUCCUCCUCGAGAUACUCCUUGAAUCUACAGAUUCCACAUUUCAUGCACACGUGUAAUCUUUAUAAGAUAGUGGUUCGAACAAUUGUAAAUACAAAUACGCGUUGGAAGCGCCAGCGUUAUCGAAAUUUGUUGAGACUGCUUUUUUCGUG